AUGGAUUGCAGAUUUCCAUGUUCUUGCUUUGCCAACCAACAUACGGAGGAUGGUGCUUUCGCCGGCGAAAAGCUCAUCAAUAUUUGUCCCACAGUGGCGCCGAACACUAAUCAAAUGGUCAUGCACACACCAAGGCACUGCCCGGUUUGCAAGACAAAUAUUUCUUGGCUACCCAAACUUGCCUGCUGUCCAAAAUGUGGUUAUAAGCCGGUACCGUACGUAGAAGAGAAACCGUACAAUGAAAAACUGACCGCUGAUCAAAUACUUCAAGAGUAUCUGGACAAACAGUCGAGUGGCACCGAUCAAAAAAUAAGCGACUGCUGCCGAGCUGAAAACGAGGAGAUACCCUCCUCUACCGACAAAAAAGAAUGUCGAUGCACAUGCAAGAACGGCAAGGUGUGCGCUCAUUGCCGAAUACGGAAGUUGUGCGAAGAUAUCUUUCAACCGCCACGGCCGCCGGAAGAACCCAAAAAGGACUGCGGUAAAUGCGAAUCGGAGGAAAUGUUCAACGUAUGUAGGACAAGCAGCAAGGACUGUCGCCCUUAUCUGGCUCGCGUAUUCUCCGAGCUGAGAGAUUUGUAUGACCUCAAAAAAGCACAAUACAAACCAUUCAAACAAGAUGAAAGAUGCGAGAAAGAGUUACAAGGGUCAGGAGGAAACCAAAAGAAACGCCCUCAAGGAGAUAUUUCGGGAAAUUCAGAAAAGCAGAAAAGAGAUAACCAGAAUGACAAACAAAUGCCUAGGCGAAAGAAAAAAAGGCAGCCGAGAGCAGCAACGGCUAACUCAAAAACCAGCAACAAUGAAAAGAAGUCAUAUUCUUAUGGUGGUGGUAAUUUUUCUCCGGUCAAGGAUGCUCGUCCCCAAAAACGCAACAACAAUGCAUGUUUCAACCUUGGCAAAAAGAAUGUACCCCGAAAUAUGGGAUGGCUGUGGAACUUAGAUACAAGUGGCAAACGACGUGGUUGGAAGCCGGGCGCUAUACGCAAACCCAUCAAAGAGAUCAUGAGAUUCUUUCUGAAAGACUACCCAGCAGACACAAUACGUGUCUCGCAGUACGCCUACCGCGACCAAGGCAAAGGUGAUGGCAAAGAUUCGGAGGAGCAAAUAGUUCAGCGGCCCACAUUACAUAUAUGCAAAAAGAAUGAUGAAUAUUUCAUAACAUUGCGACCGCUUAAGGAUCCUGAGGCACUCAAGGAAUGUGCCGAUCCGUACCUCAAUAUGAAACCCAUACAAUUUAAAAUAACCAAAAAUCCAUUAAUGGUCGAAAUGAGUAAAUUGAAGCGUUGCCUCAAAGACAUGGGCUUCGCAAAAUGCACCUGUCACAAGCCAGUGGUUGAGUGUUUCUGUCGGAGCUUCUUGGAUAAAAAGCGAUUGGAAUAUCAAGUCAGCAAGGAGUGCAGAAAGCGUAAAAUAUCCUGCUGCAAUAGCACAUUGGUUUUGUCCGACACUACAGACUCAGAUGUGGAAUUCGAUUUCGGUGUGACACCACCUGCGGGCGUGGUAAAACCGGAGAGACUUAAGAAGCCUCAUCUUGUGAACCAUGGCACGCAGUAUGUAGAGAAUGACUGGAAUGUCCAGCCAAAGUAUCCGCUACCACCCAACCGUUUUAUGAAAUCAUACAACUGCGCAACCGGUGCGCACUACGAUUUUAGCGGUGGAAGUGGGUGGGGCGGUGUUCCCAGUGGAGGCUGGGGUCCUGGUGGUGGUAGAGGUGGUUGGGGUCCUGGUGGUGGUAGAGGUGGUUGGGGACCUGGACGGGGUAGAGGAGGCUGGGGUCCUGGUGGGGGCAGAGGAGUUUGGGGUCCUGGCGGCGGCAGAGGUGGUUGGGGACCUGGAGGCGGUAGAGGCGGUGUACCUGGUGGUGGCAGAGGUGGACGUGGAAAUGGAAGGUGGGGGCCAGGAGGCGCUGGCGGAGGCCCUGGGGGCGGAAUAGGGCCCGAAGGAAAGCCUUUACCUGGCGGUGGUGGAAAGGGUGGCGGUGGAGGCCCUGGAGGUCCCAACGUUCCUGGAAGCUCCGCAUAUCAAGCGAGACUUCGACGUGAGCGUCUUACAGAAGUUCCUCCACCCUUGCUUUGUAUGAUUGAUCGUCGUAGAAAACCGGAUCCAUGCACUUACCCAUGUUGUUAUCCGUGUUAUCCAAGUUAUUCUCCUUGCUAUCCGUGUGGCGAUUAUUGUUGUCCGUGUCCAGAACGAAUAUGUUAAGCCAUUCAUUUAUAAAUUCAUAAAAGGAAAAAAAAAAACUUAAAUAAGACUUUGAAUAUUGAAGGGAAUAUGGUGCAAUAAACAGGUGAUGUAAU